AUGGUGACGGUAUCGAGCCCUAACAAUUCAGUGGGAAGAGUUGGAACUGUAUUAACAACUGUUGUGGUUGUGGAACUCAAGGUCGUGGUUAUGGUGAUUGAUGAAUGUUCAAACAGACGGAUGAGAAGGAAGAAAAACAAGCUGAGGAGGAGGACGAUUGCGAAGACGAAAAUGAGUAUUAUGAGGAUGGGCGGAGCUGCAUUGGUACCAGAUAUGAAGGAGAAGUUUGGGGAGUACAAGUGUGGGGGUUGGAAAUCUUCAGAGGCCAUGGCAGAGCUAUUGGGUAGCGGUGGAAGUAGUGGUUGUGAAGUGUUAAAUGAGAACUGA